AUGCGCAAGUGCUUCAGCACAUGUGCGAGAGUUUUCAGCCAUGAGAACCCCUUAGGUCUUCCCCGCUCCCCUGCACCAGGCGGCAAAGGACCACCGCCAACCCUCCCACGCGCCCAACGGGGCCUCCCUCAAAAGCGCCCGCUCCGCAAUGUCAAGCACGCCAUCGCCGUGUCCUCUGCCAAAGGCGGCGUCGGCAAGUCCACGCUGGCCGUGAACCUCGCCCUCUCAUUCUCCCGACACGGUCUGCGGACGGGGAUUUUGGACACGGACAUCUUCGGGCCCUCGGUGCCGACGCUACUCGGCCUGUCCGACGCCGGUGAACCCAAACUCACCGGGCAAAACAUGCUGGUGCCUCUGACGAGCCACGGGCUCCAGAGCAUGUCCAUGGGAUACCUGCUGCCGAGCGAGUCGGCGCCCGUAGCGUGGCGCGGGCUGAUGGUGAUGAAGGCCCUGCAACAGCUCCUGCACGAAGUUGAUUGGUCGUCUCCGGCACCCCUCGACGUGCUGGUCCUCGACCUCCCACCGGGCACGGGCGACGUGCAGUUGACAAUCGGACAGCAAGUGGAGCUGUCGGGCGCGGUGAUCGUGUCGACGCCGCAGGACAUUGCGCUCAAGGACGCCGUUAAGGGCGUCGCCAUGUUCCGCAAGAUGAACAUUGACGUGCUGGGCAUGGUGCAGAACAUGAGUGUCUUUGUCUGCCCGCACUGUCACCAGGAGACCAGGAUCUUUGCCCACAGUCACGGUCCGAACUCGCAGCACAGUGGCAGUGGCAGCGGCCCGAGCGGCGCAGAGGCCAAGGCGGCGGACCUCGGCGUCGAUUUUCUCGGCGACGUCCCCCUCGACGCGAGGAUCUGCGCCGACGCCGACCGCGGCAUGCCUACCAUCGUCGCCGAAGAGGCCAGUGGCGUCAAGGUCAAUUCCGGGUACUAUGAGCGCAUUGCCGAGAAGGUUGCCCGGAAGAUUGGGUUGGCGUGGCAAUGA